CUGCUGCUGCCUAACCUGAUCAUCAUUUCAUCCCAUUCUGCUAUUUGUCUUUGCUUUUUCAUCAUCUUCUGGCUUCUCACUAUCUUUUCUUCAGCUGCCACUCUCCUCGCAUGUUUUACUCCUCUUGUCUCUCUUCACCUCUCUCUGCUCUAUCAUUUCCCACCCCCCUUUUCUCCCUCUCAAACUCUUCCCUCUCUCACUCUAUCUCAUCCAUACACGCUCUCUCUCUCUGCGCUUCUCCCUCUCUCUCGGUAACUUUGAACACAGUGGAGCGAGCUGCUGCCCUCUCCUCCUCCUCCUCUUCUUCUUUCGCUCCCUCCUCCUCCACAUCAUUCCGUCGCCUGCACGAUCGUGGACGCAGGUCCGGGUCGGAGCCGCGGUGGGUUCUUGUGAAUGAAUAACGCACCGGGACGAUGCGAGCCAGUGUCAGCCCUGCCAGCAGCUGCAGCAGGGCUCCGCGGGGACCAGCCGCCGGUGAGACGGACUGUUAGCGGAGAGGAGCGGAGGCUCACUGCGGUAAAGCCGAGUCUGACUGCAGCCUGGACGGAGGACGCACCGUGACGGCAGCGCCGAGCCGCGGGACCCCAGCCACCAUGUCCAUUCACAUCGUGGCCCUUGGUAGCGAGUGUCCCGGAGGUGUGGGCUCCGGGGACGAGCUCAUCGGUCAGGGGCAGCUGCAGGGCGGCCUGCUGUGGAGCUACCUGGGGCACGGGGCCGUGGUGGGGCCAUGUGACCUGGAGAGCAGCCUGCACAACCCGGCCUUCAUGGAGUACACCUCCCGAGUGUUCGGUGACGUCACCGUGGUGGUCCGGGACUGUCCCAGCUGGGACUUGUUGGACAGCGACUGGGCCAGUGUGCGGAAGGUUCUGGAGCAAGCGGACAUACUGGUUAUCAAAUACUCGGUCACAGAUAAGGUAGCAUUCCAGCAGGUCAGGAACGGAUACGCGCCGAGACUGCGGCCGCUACUGAGGCACUGGGGUGUGCCAGUCAUCCUGGUGGCUGUGGGAGCGCGGCUGAACGACGAGGGUCCCCCAUGCACAUGCCCCCUGUGUGCGUCCGACUGGAGCAGCUGUGUUCCCCACAGUGAGGGUCUGCAACUGUCCCGGGACCUGGGGGCCACCUACCUGGAGCUGCCCUCUCUCAACCACGUGUUUGUGGGACGCUACUUUGGAAGUGUGCUGGAGUACUUCAUGAUUCAGUGUCUGAAGCACAAAGCCAAAGAGAGACCGGAGAAGAGACGAGGGAACAAAGUCAACGACCUGCGGCCGCCUCAUCUGGAACAGCCAGCUCGCCUUCCUCCUAUCCGGGUCGAAGAGUCGAGCUUCUCUCAGGACAUGCAGUGGCUGCUGGAGCGUGGCGUGCAGUUUGCAGACGUGGCUUUUUACUCGGGGGACUCUGGGAAAGAGCUGGGCUGGGCUCACGCAGCUGUGCUGUGUGCCGUCAGUCCGUACUUCAGGCAGCUGCUCUUGGGUCCCAAAACCAGGGAGCGUCCGCAGUCUCGCUGUGCCUGCAGAGAGCGGGACGGGGGUCCGCACUCGCUGCUCUCCACGUGGGACGGUGGGAUCAUCGAUGACCUCCCAAGAUCAGAGGGUCACAUGACGGGCAGGCUGUCUCGCCUGGUGGUGAAGGACCCCCUGCUGUGCAUGUGUCUGUGGGAGACGCUGAUGUUCAUCUAUAGAGGAGCGUGGGAGUGGGAACACCUCCAGGAGGCGCUGGAAGAGAAGCUCAAGAACUCGCUGGCUGUGGCUCAGCUGAUGGACCGCAUACGGUCACUCAUCGGCCGAGAGCGGGGCCCCAGAGACACACCCAGCGUGCGGGCGGCUCAGCUCGGCCCCCUGACACUUGUCAACCUCUUUAAUUCCCCUCUUUACUCGGAUGUCAUCUUCAUGGUUCAAGGGAGUGUGUUGCCGGCACACAGAGCAGUGCUUGUGGCCCGCUGCGACGUCAUGGCUGCCAUGUUCAGUGGGAAGUACGCAGAGGCCCGCAGUCGAGUGGUUCCCAUCCAUGGUGUUUCCUCAGACACGUUCCUGUCCUUCCUGGAGUAUCUCUACACAGACUCUUGUUGUCCCGCCAGCGUGCUGCAGGCCAUGGCCGUGCUGGUCUGCGCGGAGAUGUACCAGGUGAAGCGGCUGCAGCACCUGUGCGAGGUGUGCGUGUGUGCGUACCUGCAGAGCAUGCCCAGCCGAGAGCUGGCAUCCACAGGCAUCAGCGUGGUGCGGCUCCUGCGGCGAGCCAAGUGUCACAACGCCGAGCAGCUCUACGUCUGGCUCCUGCACUUCAUCGCCAAUAACUACCUGAUCUUCAGUCACAAGCCCGACUUCCUGGAACUGUCAGACGAGGAGCGGGAGCAGGUGGAGCGGCUCCGCUGGCCCUCCAGAGGUUACCUGCAGGAGCUCAGCGAGUACCAGCAGCGGCGACGCAAGCUGCGCAAGUCGCGCUGCGCUGUCAUGUAACGGCAGGCGCUCCUGCGGACCACAGACAACAGCAGUGAGCCCACACCCUCACAGGCAAUAAACAUUUGUGGGACUUCAUAGACCAACUGUGCUGCCAGAGGAGGACAAGAGCUGCAGCGUCUGCUGGAGGGAGAGCAGGAUCAGCUGUGACAGAAACCUCAUUGUUUGACCACCGGAAAGACUCAAGAGGUCAGAGUUCACAAUGGAAGAACACAGAACAUUUGGAAUGGAUAACUAUAUUUUUGAAGCGUUCAUGUCUUCUCCUGGGUCAGAGGUCGAUAACUGUCUAUAGGAGGCCCCACUCCACUUGAGGGUGACUGCAGUCCAGAGCUCCGAAGACCAUGAACCUCUGCUGACAUUUGGACUCAUCAUGUACCAAAUGUCUCAAAAACACAUCUGUGUUUGGAAGAGUCCGUCUCGCUCAGUGGUUCUGGCUCAGCUCUGGAGGCAGGGUCUGCAACGUCAUGAAUGGAGAGCCUACCAAAUAAUCCCAUCUCCGAAAGGUGAAGCCCCACUGUCAUGUGACUGUCAGACACCAAUACGUUUGAGGUCUGGUCACGGGGGCAGCAGCUGGAUUAAAAAGAGGUCCAGACUUCCGCUCCUGAUAUCUGGGAGCCGACUGGGUAGAUGGUGUCUAGAUCAGUCCACAAGCAACUCUGUGUUCCUCAAGAAGAUCUGAGGAGGCUUCUGGAGAGAGGACGUCUGGGCGUCUUUGCUCAUGCUGCUGCCCCCACCACCUGGGAUAAGGAAUCUGGAUUCUACUGGUAUAGACUGUUCCCAUCAUGCUCUUCAUAUUCUUCAACCUGAAACCUGAACAAGGACUUGGCGCCUCAGGUUGAGGUGGGACCAUGGAUCCUGCUCUCCUACAGAUCAGUAGCAUUCAUCCGUUGCUUCUCCACCGGGAGCCGUUUUCCUCUUGAGUUUUGGAUCAUAAUUUGGAUCUGAUUUACUGGUGCUGCAAUUAUUUUUCUAAAUGUUUCUCCCUCUCAUGGCGAGACGACAGCGGGUGGCUUACAGCCCAGCGUUGGACCACAGAAGAUACCUGCUCUCCUCACGGAAGAGGAGGAGAAAUGUUGGACUGUACAGAUGAGGAAUAAAAACACGUUUUAAAAGUGAUUUGUCUGAUAUAUAUAUAUGUGUGUGUGAGAGAGAGGAAGAACACCAAAUUUAGUUCUGAUUUGCUUCAGUCACAUUUAAAAGUAUCAAUUUCGACCAAAAUAGUAUGUUCUUAACUCGUUUUUAAUUUCAAUUUGUGUCGUUACCUGAAGCCGUUCUUUGUACUUUUGUCUAUACUGACACCAAGUGGCGGUGUUGCUGCAACACAUUUCUAUUGUAAACGAUGACGUCGGCCUCAGAGUUGCCAAACCCACAAUUAUAAAAGAGCUUCAAAUAUCGUUCUUGUUAAAGUUUUUGACCAUCGUAUGGAGUAUCAUUAUCACGCCAAGUAGUUUCUAAAUUCAUGUUUUAGCUGCAGUGACUUACUACAUUUAUAUCCAGGGGCAGGGAAAUAUCAAGCUACUUUCAAAGAUUCUUCUUGCAUCUAGAAGAUCAGACAGGAGGCGAUGUGGUCAAGCCUCAAGGUUACUACACAGGGAAACAUCACCUUAGACUAAUAAAAAACAAAUCAAUGUACAACCGUCCAGAAAUCCACCUAGUGAGGUGUCGAGCUGUGUCAGUUCUUAAUACAGUGGAACCUGGGUUCUCGACCGUUCGAGAAGUGAUUUGUUUAAAAUCUGAAUGGAUUUUUCCCAUUAUAAUGAAUGGAAAAAAAAUAAUGCGUUCCAAGCCUUAAAAUAGUCUUUUGUAGGAGUGAAUGUAGAGUGUCUGCUGCAGGUGCGCUGUUCCUCUAUGUGUGUGGCCGCUGCAUGUGGGAGGGGUUGCCGAGUGAGUGACGUCUCUCCAGAAGUGAAGAGGUGCCCGGUGCGUGUCCAGCUC